AUGGUUGGCAGCGAUAAACAAGAUUUAAUUCUGCUUCUGAUGAUAGCGUGCCUGUUGCUUGCUGGGAGCUGUCCGUCCGUCUCUGCCGAUCGGUACAUUGAUUCGUCAGUGGCUGAAGCGGUUGGGGGCUUGCUUAGCCUUAUUGGGACACCCCUGAAGGUGACCGCUUUUGUUGGAUGCUGGAAUGAAGAUCAGAAGUUUGAGUUUGCAAGAAUUGGGCUUGCCGGUGGCCACCAUUUUCUGCAGUACGUUGAACCGAGAAGUGAAGGGCCGGUAGAUGGAAAGGAUAGUUACCAGAAUGUAGUGCUAGAUGAAGACGUCGAAAGUCACCAGACGAUGAUUGUGCUCGAUUUACGUUGUAAUGAAUCGGAACGGAUAUUAGACAAUGCAGGACAGCGUCUGUACCUUAACUAUCACUGGCUGCUGAUGGAUUCUACCGUAACUGUUGCUCCUACGACUAUCGAACACUAUCUUGAGACUUUAAAAAACUUGCCAGUUCUUGUCAGUAGUGAGGUAUUUGUGAUGCUUAAAGAGACCGUCGAUUUAAUUCGAUUUGCACAAGUUUAUAGGGUAAGUCGAAAUACUGAGCUACUAACAGAAAACUACGCCUUGUGGACCCGAUCGACUGUUGGAGCUAGUGAACGAGGGCUUUUGCAAGAUUUGCGUACCCACAAGGUUACCUCAGUGAGGCGUAAAAAUCUACACGGCCAUCAACUUCGCGCCUCGAUGGUUAUUACCAACCCGGAUACGAUGAACCAUCUUACAGAUUAUAAAGAUAAACAUAUCGACACCAUCACGAAGGUCAACUACAUCCUGACCAACUGUCUAGCAUCGUAUCUAGGUGCCGGGGUGAAUUAUUCCCGCGUCACUACAUGGGGUUACUACAACACUACUACCGGGAUGUGGGACGGUAUGAUCGGUGAGCUAGUGCACGAUGUGGCCGACCUCGGCGCCUCACCGCUGUUUUUCACUACUGACCGUAUUGCGGUGAUCGAGUACCUAGCGAUGACUUCGGAAACACGAUCAAAGUUUAUCUUUCGUUCACCGAAACUAUCCUACACAGAGAAUGUGUUUGUGCUGCCGUUUGAUAACAAAGUAUGGAUUUGUGUAAUAGCUGUCAUCAUAACUUCCUCGGUCCUACUGCUCGUUACACUUUGGGUAGAAUGGCGUAUUGCGCACGAAGAACCAGAAUUACCAACCGUAUCCGAUGCUUCAACAAUGAACGCUAGCUUACGCGACACACUGCUCAUGAUGUACGGUGCCUCCUGUCAGCAAGGCUCAUCCGUACUGCCUCGUAGCUGCUCAUCCCGUACGAUCACGAUGCUUACCUUUACGGUGCUGAUGUUUCUGUACGCAAGCUACUCGGCCAACAUUGUGGCGCUGUUGCAGAGUCCUUCAACGAAAAUUCAAACAUUGGACGAUUUGUUAGCAUCUCGGCUAAAGUUCGGUGUACAUGAUACUGUCUUUAACCGGCACUACUUUACCCAUGCAACCGAACCCACGCGGAAGGCAUUGUACGAGCAGAAAAUAAGACGCCCGUACGGGUCGGAUGCAUUUAUCCCGCUGGAGCAAGGUAUCGAUCGGAUACGGCACGGUUUGUACGCGUUCCACGUGGAGCAGGGUGUAGGCUAUAAGGUGAUAAGUGAAACGUACCAGGAGGAUGAAAAGUGUGGACUGCAGGAGAUACAGUAUCUGCAGGUGAUCGACCCAUACUAUGCGAUACAGAAGAACUCGUCGUAUAAGGAGAUGGUUAAGAUUGGGUGA